UUUAAACCAGGAGGACCGGAGUUCCAGCGGCUAUUUGGGAAUCUCUGAGCGGGGAAAACUACGUCCAACACGGGAGAACUCACAAGGAGGAAUCCGACAUGAGUUGGGGAACGGAGCUCUGGGACCAGUUUGAUAAUCUGGACAAACAUACUCAGUGGGGGAUUGAUUUUCUGGAGCGCUAUGCAAAGUUUGUUAAGGAGAGGCUGGACAUCGAGCAAAACUACGCCAAACAGCUACGGAACUUGGUCAAGAAAUAUUGUCCUAAACGCUCUAAGGAUGAGGAGCCAAGGUUCACAUCAUGCCUUUCGUUCUACUCCAUACUGAAUGAACUCAAUGACUAUGCUGGUCAGAGGGAGGUGGUGGCAGAGGAGAUGGCUCACAAGGUGUAUGGAGAGCUGAUGAGAUACAGCCUGGACCUCAAAGCUGAGAGGAAGCAUCAUCUACAGGAGGGCAGGAAGGCCCAGCAGCAUUUGGAUCAUUGCUGGAAACAGAUGGACAGUAGUAAAAAGAAGUUUGAGAGAGAGUGCAGGGAAGCGGAGAAAUCCCAGGUGACCUAUGACCGGUUAGAUAAUGACAUCAACGCCACCAAAUCAGAAGUGGAGAAGGCCAAAGCCCAGUUCUACCUGCGGACUCACACGGCCGACGAGAGUAAGAACGAAUACGCCUCUCAGCUCCAGAACUUCAACGCAGAACAGUGGAAACAUUUCAACAACGCCAUACCACACAUCUUCAAGAAUCUGCAAGACAUGGAUGAACGUCGGACAGUGAAGCUUGGCGAGACAUACAGGUGUUUUGCGGAGGCAGAGCGGAGAGUCAUUCCCAUCGUCUCCAAAUGUCUAGAGGGAAUGGUUGUUGCUGCCAAAGCUGUCAAUGAGCGAAAGGAUUCAGCCAUUGUUGUAGAGUCGUUUAAGUCCGGCUUUGAACCUCCAGGCGACUUUCCCUUCGAGGACUUCAGUCAGAACCUCAGCAGAACGGGUUCAGAUGGGACCAUCAGCAACACGCCCAAAGGAGAGCGAGACCGAGACAGGGACCGAGACAGAGAUGGAGCCCCUGCACCACGAUCUGACCCAAAACACCCUAUGAACAGAACCAAGAACAAGCUCUGGCUGUUCGGGAAGAAACCAAAGUGGUCAGUCAAGAUGGCUCCGUCUCUGGAGGAUUUUAGUCAUUUGCCCCCCGAGCAGCGGAGGAAGAGGCUGCAGCAGAGGAUCGACGAGCUCAACAAAGAGCUCCAGAAAGAGAUCGAUCAGAGAGAUGCCUUGAACAAGAUGAAGGACGUGUAUGAGAAAAAUCCACAGAUGGGAGACCCCAACAGCCUGCAACCGCAAAUAUCAGAGACCAUGUGUAACAUGGAGAAACUGCGCUCAGAAAUUCACAGAAAUGAGACUUGGUUAUCUGAGGUGGAGGGAAAGCAGAGCUCCAGAGGAGACAGAAGACACAGCGCCGACAAUCACCAUCACACUCCUCAAGGCAGAGAAAGUCCUGAGGGCAGUUACACUGACGACACCAGUCAGGAGCAUCACACGCCGCACCACCGCCCCAAUCCCUCGCAGUCGGGACAGCCCAACCCCGACCCUCACGAAUUCGAUGACGAAUUUGACGACGACGACCCACUGCCCGUCAUCGGACACUGCAAAGCACUGUACUCUUUUGACGGUCAGAACGAGGGGACGCUGGUUAUGGCAGAAGAUGAGGUGUUGUACAUCAUCGAGGAAGAUAAAGGCGACGGCUGGACGAGGGCGAGGAAGCAGAGCGGAGAGGAUGGCUACGUCCCCACCUCCUAUGUAGAAAUCACCAUGGAGAAAAACAGCAAAGGUUCCUGAGGGCUGCAGGGUGGCCAGGCGAUUUGAUUGGCUGGUGGAGGGCUCACGCUGUUGGCUGAUUAUUGGUGAUGCAGGAACACAAGAGUGAGAGAAAUAGGUGUGGAGGGAGAGAGAGAGAGAAAAGUAGAUAGGGGAAGGAGAGGUGAAGUGGGCUGGGAACCAGGUUUGCAUGUCUGCAUGCUCUCAUGUCCAUGGUCAGAUUUUGGGGGUUUUGAGAGGAAAGGAGGGAGGGUGGUAGAGUGUGUGAGAUGAUCCCAAAGCCAUUAACUGGCAAUAAUGUACAGUAUUUAAUCUAUUUAAUAUUUAAGUCCUACCCUUAACUGGAGGUGACAUACAAUUUGCCUUAAAGGUAGCAUAGCAUAAAACCAAGAAGACUUCACAGGCCAGAAAGUGGCAAAUGCACCAUUUAACAGUACAGCCACUACAACUAGAUUUAAACUGCGUUGCUAUGUACAGAUUUAACUCUAUGGAAAUCUAGGGUACUUAUUUUUUUAGUGUCAGUAGUUAUGUAUGAAAAUCACCACCAAAAUUAUAAUAUCUGCACAACCUGCAUCCAGGGGUGGCACGAUACCGAUAUCAGACACAGCCAUUUUAGAACUUUUCCAAAUAAUAACCUACUUAACCCAUUUGUUUUGCAGCUAUUUCACUGACGUAAUUCUUCUUUUACAGCCUGUGCAUAGUGAAGCAUGCAAUGUAUAUUAUGUUUGGAUUGUAUCAGAUUUCCGAUUCUGUGAUUUUCAGUAUGGGACUGAUCAUUUUUACUCGAUAUCAUAUACAAUGAUAUUGUAUAAUUUCCAAAAUUCUCGUCUUCUUGGGCUAAGUAAAAAUGUUCCCACAGAAAAAUGCAGCAACAUAAAACUGAAAAUCAAAAUCCGCCGUUAACGUCACAACCGAAGAAACCAACCCACUCGCCUCUACAAUCAAUUAAACGUGUAUUUUCAUAGUAACACUACUAUUUUUUAUGAUUAAUAUUUUAUCUUACAUAUUUUCUGAAUAAUAAAAACCUAUUUAAGCUCAUGAAAACCCACGACUUCAUACGCAUAAUAUCAGGGUCUAUGAACAUCAGGGUCAGGUACUACUUCACACUAUUUUACUGCCACUAACAACAUCUGUGAUCCAUUUGCUCGAACUCACUCCUGUCGUCAUCGUGGUUCCCGUCUUUAUCUGUGCUCUGUUGGUGAUGUCUGCCUGCCUGAGCCACUCUGCUCCUCAUGCCUGCCCUCACCUUCAUACGGUCGCAUGUUCUUUUUAACGUGUUGUUGUUAUGAGGUGAUUUGAAGUGUAUGUUGUGUGUGUGUGUGAUGAAUGCCGUCUCAUUGCGCUGUUUUCUUGGGACGUCCAGCAUGAGUCGAUGAUUGUGUUUUUAUUUAUGUUUGUCGUACGUUUCCCAAACAGCAGUGGGGGUCAAAUCAGAGCUACUCGUUAGACAGAUAGCAGGACUAUCAGGUGAAACAAAACCCUCUCUUCCUCUCCUUGUUCCCACCCUCCUCUCUCUUCACCUUUCCUCUGGUUGUAAUUCCGCCAGCCGACCAACAGAUGGCAGCGUUUCAUCACCAAACCGCCGGACUGGGUUACUGUUAUCAAAGAUAUUGUUGCAGGUCAGACUCUGCCUUAAAACUCCAUGUUGUUCAACUGUGGAGGAUCCCACCCCCUUCCCGCCUCACACGUACAUAUCUACCGCCUGACGUCAUUUCCCAUCGGGCACCUGGACCCCGUCCUCGCCUCUGUGUGUGUGUGUGUGUGUGUGUGUGUGUGUGUGUGUGUGUGUGUGUAUUUGUGAAUGUGACGACACGUAUGUACACAUGGAUGUGCGCACAUGCGUGAUGUUAAAUGUUUUUUGUUUUUUUUUAAACCAUUGAAUGAAUUGUACAUAUUAACAUCCCGUGUGUCGAUGCUGAAUGUGUUUCCAUGGCGACUAAUUUGUUAGGAUUGUUUUUGUUGACACUCACAGAAAAAAAGGCUUUUUAAAAUUGAACCGAUGCACUUUGCCCUCACAGCAUAUGAAUCUGAUUGAAUGAGCGAGUGAUUAAAUGAAUGGAUGAAUGAUUGAAGGUCUGUCAGCUGAGACAGGUUGUUUUAGCUGCGGGAAACGGUAGUUUUCUUUAAAAAAAAAUGUUUUUUACACUCGUCUGCAUGGUUUUACUAGAUUCCUUCAGUUAAUUCAUCUCUUGAUCAUUUUGUUUUUCUUUAUCUUUCCAAUAGACGAGCAAAAUAAUUUUUUUUAGCGUCCUGUUGAUUUUCCAGGAAACAGUUCUCCUGGUCGAGCUGUAGUGUGUUUCUUUGAAGAAGCUGUGAAAUGUAUAGAAUUAUGCUGUAGAUGUUACUUGAACUCUCACACAACUCCACAUUUCCUCUACUACCCUGUGGCCAUUUGUCUAUCGGGGCAUUAAAGAGUUAUUAAUUGUAAUCUUGACAUUUAACCACUGAAAGAAAAAUAAUAUUGUCUUCCUUUUUAGCCACUAAUAUGCCUCUAAAAAUGUUGGAUCCCAGUCAUAUUAAUCUCUGACAACAUGGUUUCCAUCUAACCUCUUCAGGGUGUCAAAAUGGCAAGGAUUUGGCAGUUUUUAUUAUUUUUUUUCUGAUAUGAUGUCUUGUAAACAAGUGCAAAGAUCCAUCUGCAGCUCAUGAUAAUAUUCAUCACCAGUUCAUCUACUAAUUUUGUCCUUUAAUUAAACACUAAUUGUUGUCUGGGAAGUCCUAGUUUUGUUUUCGUGCAGCCGUUCUGUACUUUUUGGUUUAUUUGGCAAUAGAAUAAUGAAUAACGCCUAUCGAAACAUGUCUUCCAGUUACUAGUUUGGAACAAUUAAUGGUCCAAAGCCCAAAGAUAUUCCGUGAACUCAGAGGAAAAACAGUGAAUAUGUGUUUGGCAAUUCAUUUGAAUGAAAUUAGAGAUUUUCAUUUCUCAAACCAACACUGCUUUUUAUCGUUAACUGACAUAUGCACAUCUGACACUUGACUCCAAAGUGGACUCUUAAAAUCUUUGUUUCGUUUCGUAGGCCUGUUUGAAGUGAACGGUCUCUUUAACCAUGAGUUUGUUUGUUGUUGUUUUUUAAAAACUGCAGCUUUGAAAUGAGCAAAAUCACACUAACGGAUCAUUUUUUGUAACACAAAUAAACCUAUAACCACUCAGCUGUGUAUUAUAGUAUCCACUGUGCUUUAAUCCUGAGUAUUAUGCAGGAAUAACUAAUAAUGAAUCAGCUUAGCGAUGCUAAAUAUGUAAAAACGGUUCUUUUACUGAAACCUAGCCAAGCUACUGUGAGUGUGCUGCUGCUGCUUCAACAUCCAGGCAAAACAUAAACAAACAAACGUGAUCUUCUUUACAUUCCUCUGCUUGUUCAUGUCCUGUGUUGACGCUGUACCUCCGACAACCAUGAACCUAAAACCCUGUCAACAUAAACAUAACAUAAACCCGUUUUACACCAGCAUCAACACACAUUUUUUAUAUAAUAGCAGGUACGUGUGACGUCGACAACAUCACAACAUUACAAAUCCAUGUAAAUCUGUGUUUUACCAUGUCGUGUACGUUUUUAAUAACCCACAGCAGUGCUUCUCUCUCUCUCUCUCCAUAUUGUGCACAUGUUUUUACGUUGAAUGUCGUCGGACACUCUGUGAAGAAAGAUGUUCUCGUUCUUCUUCCCGAGAUAUUGUUCUAAUAAAAUAAGCAGCAAUGGAAAAA